CAAUUCAAGCGGACCACGGUUUUCUCAUAUUUGGCAGCACGCUGGGCUUGUCUCCUGUCAGCUCCAGAGCACAGGGGAGGUCAACAAAGAGGCAGAUGUGCCGGCUCCUGUGUGUUGACUGUGAUGGUAUUAGCUUGAAAGCGGCAUGCAUGAAUAACAGCUGAAGGGAAGUCGUAUUUGGUUUAAUUUCCUGAGGCAGCAUCAGACCCCUGACUCUUAACCACACAUGAGUAGUCCUUCAUGAGCCUGCACAUAAUGAAACAGUGAGAGCCUGAGGAGAGCAGUUGUCACUGGGAAAAACAAGGCUCACCAGGUUUAACCAGGAAUAAUGAUGUUUGGGUCCCCAUUUCACCAUUUCAUUAUCAGAUUUAAAUCAACACUGGUUUGAUCUUAUUCACUUGAAAAUUAGACUAUGACAGGACAGGGCAGACACACACACAACAAACAUGAUAGAAGACAGUCGUGGGUGGGAUGAGUAGGGCCACCAAACACACACAUCUUGCAUUAUGUUACCACCUGCAGAAAUACAAUAAAAAGGCUGACGGCGUUUAGCUUAGCUUGAUGCUCAGCAAAUGUCUUUUUCAAGCUAAUGUGGGUAGCGACCUGCACCUGAACUAUAAAACGUCGUGAGGAAGAAGCAGGCUGUGUGAUUUCAUGAGGAUGAUUCAGCCGGAUGAAAGUGGUCAUGGCGGACUUCUCCUGCAAGGACAGCAACAAACACAGCAGCAGCAGCAGCAACCCCUUAUAAGAGUUUUUCCCCCAGCGUCGUCGAGCCCUUCCUGUGCGCAGGGGGGGACUCUUGUCUCCGAGGAGCCCCACUAAAUGCCUCUCACUGAGAAAAAGGCUCCGGACGUUCAGUGUUGUGAAUGCGUUCAAGCGAGCAGAUGAUUUGAUCUAAGAUGGGUAAUAAGCAGACUAUAUUUACCGACGAGCAACUUGAUGCCUACCAGCACUCGGCUGGCUGCGCUCUGCUUCUCACACUCAGGAGCACAGCUCAGACAGAAGGGAUACAAGAGCAAAUGUAAAACGAGGCGCCUCCACUCGGGCCGCUGGAUAAUGUGUGUGCCAAGACAUGCAUGUCAGACAACAGCAGAUCAUGUUGCUCUGCCUCACCGUUCCUAUUGGAAGUGGCAGGUGACAACACACACACGUCGUCGCCCGAGAGACACCAGACACCUCAAUGAGCAGUUUGCAGGAACGGACUGUACAUUUUUCACCCGCAAAGAAAUUCUGCGGUUGCACGGCAGAUACCAUGAGUUGGCUCCACAUCUUGUACCGAUGGACUACACCAAAGAUCCUGAUUGUAAACUGCCUUUAGCCUUAAUAGUCAACAUGCCAGAGUUAAAGGAAAACCCAUUCCGCAACAGGAUCGUAGAGUCUUUCUCAGAGGACGGGAUGGGGAACCUCAGCUUCAAUGAAUUUGUGGACAUGUUCUCAGUCCUGAGCGAAAUGGCUCCUCGAGAACUCAAGGCCAUUUACGCCUUCAAAAUAUACGAUUUCAAUGUGGAUAAUUACCUGUGCAAAGAGGACCUGGAAAAGACUCUGAAUAAGCUGACGAAGGAGGAAUUGACUCCUGAGGAGGUGGAGCUGGUGUGCCAGAAAGCCAUCGAGGAGGCGGAUUUAGACGGAGACAACAAACUCUCUUUUGCUGACUUUGAAAAUAUGAUAACUAGGGCUCCGGACUUUUUAAGUACCUUCCAUAUACGAAUCUGAGACGACUUGGUGGAAAAUUUUCAUGGAGGGAAGCGUGGUGAUCCUCAGGACUCUACCUGCACCCUGUCCUGGGUGCCUGUGUCCCACCCUCAUCGUCCAAAUAUCGUACAUCAGCCUUCUUCAACCUCAGUGAAAUCUGCUUAAGUUAGAAAGCAAAAUACUGGAUAUGGUGGAAAUUCUCACAAUCCAUGUAUUAUUAUUUUACCACUGAUAAAAGGGCUUGACCUGCAAUGGUCUCUUGUUGGGUGAAAAGGCUAUUCUUUCUACAUUUGAAAAGUCAAUGAGGAAUGUAUAAAAUAGUGACCUACCUGUAUUGCACAUAUGAUACUCCCAGUGAAGUCUUCCUGGUAUUACACACGAGAUACAAAGUAUUUAUAAGGUUCUGGGCGACACUUGAAGAGGGUGAAAGCACAGCGUUGGCAUUAAGGACAUACAGAUGUUUUUAAAUGAGCUAUGCAAUAUUUUUACACGCAGUCUGUUGCUUUUUGUGAUUUUAAGUUAUUCGCUUGUGUAACUGGAACAUGGUGACAAUCACAUCUUACUGAUCUCCAGUUGGAUGAAGGGCUCCGUCAUCUUUUUUUUUUUUUUUUCAUCCCCUGCCUCAGCCAUCAUCAUCAUGAGAUAUUACAUACAGCCAUCUUUUGGAUACACGUGUAACAGUAUUUUAUGUGUCUUCAGGUAUUUGUCUUACUUUGAAUAAAUGUUUUUUUGUG